AUGCAGAGUGUGGUAGAAAGGCGGAAAGGAAUAACAUGCAAAGAGGCUUUGGGUCUUGAGGAUGGAAGGAUCCCAGACUCAGCUUUUAGUGCCUCCUCUGUCGAAAGGCAUGAUACAUCUCCCCCUCGCGUUCGUCUCAACUCCGACACGGCAUGGAGUGCGAGAACUGAUGACAACAUGCCCUGGGUUCAAGUUGACCUUGGAAAGGACGCGAUGAUCAAGAAAAUCGCUACACAGGGAAGACGUGGUUCCUACAAGUAUACAAAGACUUACACGAUUUCAUCGCGUGCCGAUGGAGAAACUGACUUUGUUAUGUACAGAGAGGACAAUGUUGUAAAGGUAUUUCAAGGAAAUAUAGACGCGAAUACAGUGGUUUUCAAUGUGCUGAAACAGCACAUUACGGCUCGUUUUGUAAGGUUCUGGCCAAAGACUUGGGCAAGUAGAUACAGAACGAUGAGGGCAGAGCUGUACGGCUGUUUCCUUCAGUAACUUAAUUGUAACUUAACGAAGAAAUGAAUUCAAGUUAGCUAGGGUAGCAGUAUGUGGUUGAAAUGCAUACCUCAGAUAGUUAGAAAUUUUGAAGAGUACAAAAAAUUAUAUCACUAGUCUAUUAAUAAAAUAGAGUUCGAUGAUUGGAAAAUCAUGUAGCAUUGAUUGGUGGAAUUAUGCACAGGAGUAGAAUUGAAGAUUUGCUGGUAAAAAUGCACUGCACUAAUGAUAUCGUUGCAACUAAAUAUUGACAAGUGCUAGUCAGUUAUCGUAAUUACGUACCAAUGCUUUUGCAACAACUUGUAAUAAAAUAUAUUUCAUGUGGUGUACACAUUAAACGCACAUAUCUAACAUCCUGACAGAAUUUCUCGCUCAAAUGAUUACACAUGGAUAAAAGUCUGUCGUUAGACUUAUGCAGCGUCCUAUAAUAU